UCCCGCUUGUCCCAGAAAAACUCCAGAACGCGCCCCCUCUUGGCCUUUCUUGGCUUCAACGGUCAACCUCGGCCUGCAGCACCAAAGACGCAGAAGGCGGUUUCGACAACACAACAUCCAACCGCCCGAAAUGGCGGGAAACGGGAAACCUCAAAGCCAAGAAGGGCAGGACACAAACGCGGGCAAGGUGGAGGAGAAGCGCGAGCAAUCGCUCUCCGAUUCGAGCUCCACGGCGGCAUCAGUCCGUGCAGCGAAGGCCGACAAGGAGAGCGCGCUAGCCGACAGCGACCAUGACCAAUCUAGGUCGACACAUCCCGAUGCUGGCUUCAGCCCCCCGGACUUUGACAACGAAGAGACCAAGGUCGCGGUCCCGGGUCACGAUCUCGACGUAGAGCUCGCGCAAAACCAUGGCGCCGCCGAGCUCUCCCGCAGCAACACGCGCAACAGCACCAGGUCGCGCAUCUCGCGCAUCAUCUCGCGCAAGCGCACCGCCGAGCGCGAACGUAUACCGCACGCGCCCAUCCCCUUGUCCAACCUCGACGAGGGCGUCGUCGGCUGGGAAUCGCAGGACGACCCGGCCAUGCCGCUCAACUUCCCGGCGCGCAAGAAGUGGCUCAUCGUCGGUCUGCUGUCGGGUAUCACCCUGCUGACCCCCUUCGCCUCGUCCAUCCUGGCCCCGGGCAUCUCCGCCCUGAGCAACGAGUUUGGCAACACCAACCAGGUCAUCGGCGCCAUGACCGUCAGCGUGUACUUGCUUGGAUACGUCAUCGGGCCACUGUUCCUCGCCCCCCUGAGCGAGCUGUACGGCCGCCGCCCAGUGCUCGCCGUCGCCAAUGUAUUUUUCUGCUUGUGGUUGAUCGGGUGUGCGCUGGCGCCGUCGAUCGAGUCGUUGAUCGUAUUCCGCUUCUUUAGUGGCAUUGGCGGGUCUGGAUGUCUGACUCUCGGAGCGGGUAUCAUCGCGGACGUGUUCAGGGUCGAUCAACGGGGUUCCGCCAUUGGGAUGUACACCCUCGGGCCGCUAAUCGGCCCGACCAUUGGUCCCGUCCUCGGCGGCUGGCUCUCCCAGACCAUCGGCUGGCGUUGGGAUUUUUGGAUCGUCUUCAUCAUCUCGGUCAUCGUCGUCGGCCUGUUCGAGCUCUUCACUACCGAGACCAACCCGCGCAUCCUCAUCAAGCACAAGGUCAGCCGCCUGCAGAAGGAGCUCAACCGCACCGACCUGCGCAGCUGCUACGAGACCCCCGGCGCCGAGAAGCAGACCCCGGUCCAGACCCUCAUCAACGGCCUGAUCCGCCCGACCAAGAUGCUCUUCUUGUCGCCGACCGUCUUCUUCAUCUCCCUCUACCUCGCCUUCGCCUACGGCACGCUCUACCUGCUCUUCACCACCAUCCCCACCGUCUUCCAACAGACGUACGGCUGGAGCGUCGGCAUUACCGGGCUGGUGUACAUAUGCCUAGGAGUCGGCAACGUGAGUGGGUGGGCCGUCAUCACGGCGACCUCGGACCGCGGUGUGGUCAAGCGUACCCGGGCCAACAACGGCGUCUUCGAACCCGAGAUGCGCCUACCCCUGAGCAUCUACUUUAGCUUCUUCCUGCCCGUCACCUUCUUCUGGUACGGCUGGUCCACCUACUACCGCACCCACUGGAUCGUCCCGGUCUUGGGUCUGUUCCCCUUUUCCUUCGGCGUCAUUGGCAUCUUCCUGCCGUUGAUGACAUACCUGGUGGACUCCUUCCCGGUGUAUGCUGCCUCGGCCAUCGCCGCCAACACCGUUUUUCGCAGCCUGGUGGGUAUGCUGCUGCCCCUGGCCGGGCCGUCUAUGUACCAGAAUCUUGGCCUGGGUUGGGGGAAUUCGUUACUGGGGUUCAUCUGCGUUUUGAUGAUUCCGGUCCCGCUGCUGCUAGUCAAAUACGGCGGGAGAUUGAGGAAGAUGGGCUUGCAGUUAUAAGACGGGGGAACAUGGCGGAUAACGGCUGAUAAUACAGGGCCAGAUAGAAUCCUGAAAGGAAAAGGCUAGACAUGGUGCCAUUGUAAUGUUCAAAAUACAGUAACGACGUACGAAUAAUCCGCGAACAGCGUUGGUACGUUCGAUGAGGCCACCGCGUGCGAGGUUUCGAAACAGAUGCAGCCCUUCCCACCCUCUGCCCUCGACCGUUGCACGUACAGGCUCAUAAUUGUGCUGCUGGGAUCCUGGGGGUGGUGA